AUGAAAACGAGUAGCGCUAGUGCCGUUGUUGUUCAUGCCCUGAACAACUUGACCGUCACCGGAUUUGUGGAAGACACGGCGACGUUUGAGAAAUGCAGCAAGGAAUGCUUCGGGAAACUUGACAUGGAGCCGAAGGAUGAAAUCAACGUCCUGCAUGAUGAAAUAUUUGAGAGAUUCGAUGCGGAUAAAAAUGGUGUGAUCGAUGGUCAAGAGUGUAAGACUCUGUUGGCCGAGACAAUGCUCGCGGUGGCGUGGGGAAUCGGGAGUUCCCCGGUGCUGGUGGCGCUUGAACAUGGCAGCCUCCUCGUGAGGGCUGCUGAACAUGAAAAGGCAAAGAAAAUGCAAAUAGCUAAGAUCAAUUAA